AUGGCUGAACUCGACCAGAUCCUUGCCAGGUACACCCACCCGAACACCAGCAGCCUCCACGGGGCAUCCUUUGUCGCGGUCGACCGCGAUGGCCCACGACCUGUACCGCGACGCUUUUGGCCGCAUCAAAUCAGAGCAAGCAGCCAGAGCAAGCUGACCACGUCUGUGGCUGUGAUGCAAGCCGUCGAGCAGGGCUUGAUUGGGCUCGACGACGAUGUGCGCAAGGACGUGCCGGCCUUGCGUGGCAUGCAGGUCCUCAUGGGCUUUGACGACCAGGGCCAGCCCACCCUGGAAGAAGUGGCUGAACUGCUGACGCUUUGCCACUUGGUGUCCCAUACGUCGGGGUUUGCCUACGAUGCUCGUCAUCUGCUGCUUGUCAAGUACGCCCAGUGGGCCGGCCGAACAGCCAACAUGUUUGGACACCAUGGACGGGCAGACGCAUCCCCUCACCUUCCAGCUGGACAUCCCUGGCGCGACCAGCACGACAUUCUUUCCGGCGAAACGCGGCCUGACUCUCGCAAUGGGACAGCUACUCGGAAGUCCGCCAGUGCCCUGUGCGGACUAGUGAACAGGGACGACGUCGUGGGCCGCGAGAGUGUCCGCCGGCGCAGCAAAGGCACCAUCAGCCGGGACGGUCUUCCUAACCUGCUGUGGUUCGUCGACCGCACGAGCAGUAUGGCGGCCACCUUUUUCACACAGAACAUGCCCAUGGAUGACGCCGAGGCGCGGAAGCUGUGCACCAAGCCGGAGGAGGCGCUGUACCGGUUGGUGACGGCCAAGGCCAAGGAGACGAAGUAG